AUGGCAAGAACUGUGAAAGAAGUGAAGAAGCAACGAAGUGAACGUCGUUCACAAGGAGAACGACCAUUGAACAUUUCAACGACAAAUCCAAACUCAACAGAGAAUGAAGAAGAAGGCAGCCAAAGCCAUGAAACUGUUGCUUCGGAAAGUGAUAGUAAAAGUCAAGCUCAAUUUGAAGGAACUGUGGUAGGGGCCAUGCCGGAAUGCAGCAAACAGUACUCUUUGCGUACACGUUCCAUUCGUGCGCCGGUGGAAAAAGAGCACCAACAACAGCAACAAGUUGACGAUCAGAAAGAGAAAGAAGAAAGUCAAAGCAAAUAUUCUUUGCGUACACGUUCCAUUCGUGUGCCGGUGAAAAAAGAGCAGCAACAAGUAGACGAUCAGGAAGAACAAGAAGAAGAAGAAGAAGAAGACAGUCAAGACCAAGAUGAUGAUGCAGGAAACGUCGACGAAAAUGAAGCUCAACAAGGCAUUCAGUGCAACCAAUGCAAUAGAAGCUUCAGCAAACAAAGCAAUCUCAACGCACACAUCAAAUCCGCACAUUUGCAAACGAAAUAUUUGUGCCCCGAUGACGACUGUUCCGAUGAUUUCACAACGAGCUCGUCGCUUCGACGUCAUUUAAAGCGCGCUCACAAGGAAAAUUUCGAAGAACUCAACCCAUUUAUUCCAGAGCAGGAAUACAUCCUCAACAAAGGCAAUUAUAUACGUAGUGAAAGUGCAAACCUUGCAAAAAUCAAACGCCUUACAAACCUGAUCGCAGUACAAGACGAAGAGCUGGAUGAAUUAAAAGAAGAGUUUCGAAAACUGUCAGAAAAAAAUUAA